AUGGUCCGAAUAACGGAACAGCUGAUUCGUAAGAAAUCGGAGCACAACGAGCUUAUCAUCGGUACGCUCGAGGAACUCUCGCUGCAUCAGGAAGACAUCGAGCGCAUCGAGCACAUUGGUCAUUGGUGUCGGGAUCUUAAGAUACUGCUGCUGCAGUCCAACCUUAUCCCGAAGCUAGAGAACUUGAAUCGAUUAAAAAAACUUGAAUAUCUUAACGUGGCCAUCAACAACAUCGAACGCAUCGAAAAUCUGGAAGGACUCGAGGCACUUCGCAAACUAGAUCUAACACUGAACUUUGUCGGUGAGCUGACGAGUGUUGAAAGUUUGUGCGGAAACUACAACUUGCGCGAGCUCUUCCUUACCGGAAACCCAUGCACCGAUUUCCCAGGUUAUCGGGAAUACGUCAUAACGGUUCUGCCCCAGCUAGACCAUCUCGAUGGAAAGGAAAUUACGCGCAGUGAGCGCUUGCGUGCAGCCAAAGAGUUUUCUACGCUACGCGAGCAGAUCGUACAGCUCGAAGCGCUGCACAAGAUCGAACGGGAUGAGCAGCGAGUUCGUGUGCAGCAGUCAAUCGAAGAACAGGAGGCGCGUGUACGCGAUCUACCGGACGACGAUGAGCGGAAGGCUAACGAAUUUUGGCAACAGAAAAGCGAACACUGCCCUGAAACGCGUAUCCAGAUGGCAAUGUUCUCUCGGCGAGUCAAAGAUCGCCCAUCGAGCGAUAUCGAUAAGCCGGACGAGAAGAAACGAAAGCGUAGGCUGUUUGCUGAUUGUGGUCGUCCGUACAGUUUGAAUGAAUCGAAGUUAAGCUUUGAGUUUCGUGAUGAACCGGAUCGAUUCGAGCUGGACUUGCAUCUGUAUAAGUAUCUCGACACAUCGCUAGUGAAGGUGGACGCUCAGCCCAAUUACGUACGCGUGACGGUUAAAGGUAAGAUAUUUCAACUUGCACUCAAACAAGACAUCCAAACGGAUCGAUCAACCUGCCAGCGAUCGGAAACUACCGGACACAUGUUAAUCGUGAUGCCAAAGCUGAAUCCUGAACGAAUUGUUGUCAAACCUUCAACCGUAAAACAGCCGGCGGGAUCUCAUAACAGCACUGGUUUAACGGGAACUGUCGAUAUUCGGAACAUUUGCAAUACUUCCAACAGUGCAAAACCGCCCCGAUUAAACGAAGACGAAGUACCGGACCUGAUUUAA